AUGACCUUCAGGCCAGCAAAUAUAGUCCUGCCUUACCAGUACAUUUUGUUGAAUUUUUCUCUUCUAGAAGAUGCUUCAGCAAAAGAGUUCCUCAAAAUUCUAGGCCUCAUGGCAUCAAUUAUCCUCAUUAUACCACUAGCCAGACUACAUCUGAAAAAAAUUCAUUGGUACUUGGAAGAAUUGUUUGACCCAGCACCUUCAUCCCUUGGAUUUCCAGAUGACAGCACAUCUGACAUCUCUUUAUUUCUCAAUGUAUCCAUUCCUGUUCAAACUAAAAACUAUUUCAAGAGCAUUUCUGAGAAUAAGGAAAUAAUAAAACUGGUCUCUGUACUCAGCACAGCAAUUAAUGCUACCAAAAAUGAGGUUCUUAAAGCCCUAGAACAGUUCAAGUGCUACCAUCACAUCUGGCAGAAGGAUCGGGAAGAAACUAUUCAGAAGCUGAUGUUUGGGAGCCCUUUGCUUUCUGAGAUAGAAUCCCAGAUUCUGUACUACCGAGAUUUAGAGUUAAAGAUUACUGCAGAGCCCGAGUACAUUACUGUGGGAGCAUUAGCCCUCUUUACUGCUGACCUGAAAAUGGCACUUAUGGCUGAAACAAAGGCUUGGAUGGCAGAUCUAGGCCGGCAUUGUAACAAGAAGUAUAGAACAGAAAUGGAAAGGAUCUUUUUGUUUGUUGAGGAGGUGACCAAAAAGCUAAGUCGACAGAUCAAGGAUCUGGAUGACAUAAGAAUUGUUAUGGCUGCGCUUAAAGAGAUCCGGGAAGAACAGAUCACCACUGAUUUUCAAGUGGGACCCAUUGAGGAAUCAUAUGCCAUGUUAAAUAAGUAUGAGCUGCUGGUGGCAAAAGAAGAAGCUGAAAAAGUAGACACCCUGCGUUAUACAUGGGAGAAGCUGCUUGCACGAGCCACUGAAGUCCAGAAUGAACUAGUUACUUUGCAGCCCAAUUUCCGAGGUGAACUUAUCAGCAAUGUACAGGCUUUCAUUGAGGAAUCUAGUCAGUUCUAUGUGGACUAUGAAAAGGAAGGACCUAUGGCUGCAGGAUUAGCUCCGCAAGAUGCUAGUGACAGGCUCAUCAUGUUUCAGAAUCGCUUUGACAAUCUGUAUCGCAAGUAUAAUACUUACAGUGAUGGUGAGAGGCUGUUUGGCUUGCCUGUUACUGAGUAUCCCCAGCUGACCGAAAUCAAGAAACAGCUAGCUCUGUUACAGAAGCUGUAUGGCUUGUACAACAGUGUUAUUGAAACCGUAAACAGCUACUAUGACAUCUUGUGGUCAGAGGUCAACAUUGAAAAAAUCAACAAUGAGCUGAUUGAUUUUCAAAACAGGUGCAGAAAGCUUCCCCGUGCAUUGAAGGAAUGGCAGGCAUUCUUGGACCUCAGAAAAACAAUAGAUGACUUCAAUGAGUGCUGUCCCUUGCUGGAACAUAUGUCUAACAAAGCCAUGAUGGCUCGACAUUGGAAACGAAUGACUGAUGUUACUGGUCACUCAUUUGAAGUGGAAAGUGAGACCUUCAAGCUGAGAAAUAUUAUGGAAGCUCCCCUCCUAAAAUACAAAGAGGAAAUUGAGGACAUAUGCAUCAGUGCUGUUAAAGAGAAGGAUAUUGAGCAAAAAUUGAAGCAGGUGAUAGCAGAGUGGGACAACAAGUCGUUCACCUUUGCAAACUUCAAGACCCGAGGAGAACUACUGCUGAGGGGGGAUAGCACAUCAGAGAUCAUUGCCAACAUGGAAGACAGCUUAAUGAUUCUUGGAUCACUGAUGAGCAAUAGGUACAACACACCAUUUAAAGCACAGAUACAAAAAUGGGUGCAAAACCUGUCCAACACCACAGAUAUCAUCGAGAACUGGAUGACAGUACAAAACCUAUGGAUUUAUCUAGAAGCUGUCUUUGUGGGUGGAGACAUUGCAAAACAACUUCCAAAGGAAGCAAAGCGCUUUUCUAACAUUGACAAAUCUUGGGUGAAAAUCAUGACACGAGCACAUGAGAUGCCGAAUGUUGUUCAGUGCUGUGUAGGAGAUGAAACCAUGGGACAGCUACUUCCACACCUCCUGGAACAACUAGAAAUUUGUCAGAAGUCACUCACAGGAUAUUUGGAAAAGAAACGUUUGCUGUUUCCUCGCUUCUUUUUUGUCUCUGAUCCUGCCCUUCUUGAGAUUCUUGGUCAAGCGUCAGAUUCUCAUACCAUUCAAGCCCACCUGUUAAAUGUAUUUGACAAUAUUAAAUCAGUUCGCUUCCACGAAAAGGUGAGUAAUUUAAAGUCAUGA